AUGCUCCCUGUUACCUCUUUAUUCAUAUCUAGCUUGGUGUUCAGCUUUUUUGAGUAUGGUGUCGGGAAAUAUUUGACUACUCCUUCACUUGCGCUCAAGACCUUAGAUGUUGCUCGUUCAAUUAAUGUUAUAACACUGGAGAAGGAAGCACUCAUUUCUGGGACAAGAAUUGAGAACGCUGAGGGACAAGAGAGUGCUUUCUUAGGUUACACAAGUCGAGGUGUCAGUGUUGUAUUGCCCAAUCGCCCUGUGCGGGUCGUAUUGUUCGGGUUCUGGCUCGACGAAUUGCAAACGGUCUCCUUUACCAUCACAGAGAAUUGCUCCGCAACUCCUCUUAUUUUUGACCAAGUGGAUUUUGUCAUCCAAACUGACAAAAGAGUGGUUGUCAGUACCCAGUUCCCUGAAGCACCUAGGGGCGAGUACUACCGUUUAUGUAUCAAAUCAAGAUCCAGACACAACACCAUCCCGGAGUUCUUACAGAUAAUAGUGACUCCAGAUGUGUUCAACCAGGUGAGCGUGCUUUCGGUUAGCGCAGGGCAUACCGAGGAGAGAAUAUGCGCUAAACAGCAUAUAUUUUUUCUAGGAAAAGUAUAG